GUCACAUGAUCGCUGCUUUGUUGUCGUUCUCAAAUUUUAGCACACACACUGUUUGUGUUGAUUCUGCAGCAGUUAUCAGCUGCUAGACUUGCUGUCAUUUCUCUAUCAGCGAGAUUUAUCUUUUUAGGAAGUAAGAGUGCCGUUUUGCUGAAGUUGAAGGAAAAUGGCGCUCAAUCUGGGUCUGCUAUUAUUAUUGUUUUAUUCAUCAUAUUCAUGCUGUUUGAGUUUCUCUGAGUCUGCGACCGGGCUCGGGUCUUCAUCUCUUCGUUUUGAGGAGAAACCAAAUUUUGUCAUCUUGCUGAUGGACGAUAUGGGCUGGGGGGACUUGGGUGUGUUUGGUGAGCCCAGCAAAGAGACACCCAAUUUGGACCAAAUGGCAGCAGAAGGAAUGCUCUUCCCAGAUUUCUACUCUGCUAACCCGAUUUGCUCUCCUUCUCGUGCCUCCUUGCUGAGUGGACGACUACCCAUCAGGAAUGGCUUCUACACCACCAACAAACUUGGACAUGACGCAUACACGCCGCAGGUGAUUGUCGGAGGUAUACCCGAUGAGGAAAUCCUCUUACCUGAGUUGUUACAGAAACAUGGCUACAGGAACAAAAUCAUUGGAAAAUGGCACCUGGGACAGCAGCCUCAAUACCACCCACUGAAGCACGGAUUUGACGAGUGGUUUGGGGCUCCCAACUGUCAUUUUGGUCCCUUCGACGAUAAGAAAACGCCAAAUAUCCCGGUGUACAAAGACGCUGAUAUGGUGGGCAGAUAUUACGAAGAUUUUCUCAUCGAUCGUAAAACUGGGGAGUCCAACCUGACGCAAAUCUAUAUAAAGGAAGCCACCAGUUUCAUCGAGGCACAAACAACAAAAGGCCAGCCCUUCUUUCUGUACUGGGCAGUGGACGCGACACACGAACCUGUCUAUGCCUCUCGAGAUUUCCUGGGCACCUCGCGGCGAGGGCUGUACGGUGAUGCGGUACGGGAGCUGGAUUCUGGUGUCGGAGAAAUUCUGGCCACAUUGCAGCGGUUGGGUGUGGACAAGAACACUUUAGUGUUUUUCACCUCGGACAAUGGCGCAGCAACGUACGCCAAGACGAAUGGCGGGAGUAAUGGUCCUUUCCUGUGCGGCAAACAGACCACAUUUGAGGGCGGCUCACGGGAACCAACAAUUGCGUGGUGGCCUGGUCAUAUCUCUCCUGGACAGGUGUCCAAGCAGACAGGAAGCCUGAUGGACUUUUUCUCCACGUUCCUGGACCUGGCCUCCAUCCCCGCCCCGGCUGACAGAGCCAUCGACGGGAUCAGCCUGAGGUCCGCCUUACUGCACAGCAACGUCACUGACAGGCCCAUCUUCUACUACCGCGGUGACCUUCUGAUGGCUGCCAGACUCGGCCAGUAUAAGGCUCACCUCUGGACCUGGACCAAUGGCCUGGAAGAAUAUCACAAGGGCAUCGACUUCUGUCCCGGGGAGAAUGUGGAAGGACUGACCACUCACAAGCAGACCAACCACACGGACAGUCCACUUUUGAUUGACCUCGGGGCCGACCCGGGGGAGAAGUACAUCAUCAAGCCUCACAGUUCGGUCUACAGAAAAGAGAUGCCGGCCAUCCUUGAGGCGGUGAGCAAACACCUGUCUGGACUCAAACCUGGCGUCCCUCAGCUCAACUGGUGUGACUCAGCUGUCAUGAACUGGGCACCUCAAGGUUGUGAGAAGCUUGGUCGUUGCCUGCCAGCCCCCAAGUCCCAGCCCUACAAGUGUGUGUGGCCUCAUUGAAGUGUGUGAGACCAGGACAGGUUAGUGUGAUCAAGCUAUUUAGUUUUUAGUUUUA